AUGGACAAAGUAGAGGCCAUCCGCAGCUGUCCACGCCCUCGCACAAAGAAGGAGGUGAGGUCCUUCUUGGGCUUGGCCGGCUGGUAUCGUCGGUUCGUCCCACAGUUCGCCACCAUCGCAGCUCCACUGACCGCGCUGACGAUGAAGGACCAGAGGAACCCGGUCGUCUGGAACGAGGACUGCGAGACAGCCUUCCAGGCCCUCAAGUCCUGCCUCUGCUCAUCGCCGGUGCUGCGGAGCCCCGACUUCGAACAGCGGUUCCUGGUCCAGACUGACGCUUCUGCCGUGGGACUAGGAGCGGUCCUGGCUCAAGGGGACCCUGGAGAAGAACGUCCUGUACGGUACCUGAGCCGGAAGCUGCUGCCGCGAGAGACCAGGUACUCUACCGUGGAGAAGGAGGGCCUGGCCAUCAAGUGGGCUCUGGAGAGCCUGCGGUACUACCUGCUGGGAAGAGAGUUCAACCUCGAGACGGACCACCGGGCGCUGACUUGGAUGAAUUCCAUGAAGGACCAUAACAGUCGUCUCACCCGCUGGUACCUCUCCCUCCCGCCGUUCCAGUUCCAGAUCCGCCAUCGAGCUGAGAAGACCAAUGUCGUGGCAGACUACCUGUCCAGGUUGCCGCACAUCGUCAACCUCGAGGAGGAGGGGGAUAAUGUGACGGAGCGCCAUUGA